AUGACUACAAGCUCCGUUACGAGCAGAAGGGUUGAAAACAUAGAGGAACCACCUGAUUGUAGGCAUAAUGAUAUUCCAUGUACCUCUUCUAGAGUAGAAGAAAGUAAGGAAGAUACACCAGAUUCACGGGAAAUUGAGGAUGACAUUGCCGGGACAUAUCAGUUAGAGGAUGUAGUUGAUGGUGAUAUGAUUGAGGAGUCUAAGUCGGGGAUGGAGUUUAAUUCUUUUGAAGAAUUAAUGAAUUAUUAUAAGCAGUAUGCUAAGAAAUGUGGGUUUGGGGUGAUGACAAGAAAGACUGAGAAGGGGGAUGAUGAGACUGUUCGAUAUGUCACCCUUGGUUGUGUCCGUGGUGGGAAGGCCCGGAAUAGGACGUUGAAUGUCUCCAGACCAUGUCCGACAGGAAAAACAGAAUGUAAGGCAAAGAUUAAUACCUUAAAAGUUGAUGGAAAGUUCCGACUGACAACAAUUCAUAAUAUCCAUAACCAUGGCCUCAUUCCAAAGAAAUCUCGAUUUUUUCGAUGUAAUAGAGAAGUGAGUGACUCCAUAAAAAGAGUCUUAGAUAUCAACGAUGAAGCUGGCAUCUGA